CUCCUACUAUCACGCUGCGUAGUGUUAUUCAUUUAUCGCGAUGACAGACCUCCCAAUCACUCACUCUUUGAGGCAGGAGUACGUUUACCAUCACAACAUUAUCAAUCUCUUCUCUUUCUCUCUAGGAUGUCUCUAAGACAAUGGCUGAUCAUCCAAGUGACUCUAUGGAAUCUAUCAAUUCUUUACUACUUCCUAGCUUCACAAAGCCACCUUGAAUCCUCCUCAACUCGAUCAGCAACCACUGAGGAAUCUUUACUCUUGAACGCUACAAAUGCACAAGCUCUUUCAUCUAUUUUGAGAUUUAUACCAGCAAGCCUUCAAGUGAAACCAUCGCCUUCUAUUGCAAAUGUUGAACUAAUCUCAUCAGUAACACGAUUGAAUAAUUCAUCGUUGUUGGUUGCAGCAACAAAGAGUUAUGCCGAUACAAAUUCGUCUCUUUAUUCGACUUUAUCGGGUACGAGCAACCACGGUAGGUUGUCAGCGAGUCGAGAGAGGCAAUCCUCGCUCGGGCGUCGGCGGGGAAGUGUCAUGAAUGACGUCUCUAAUGUAAGCACCUUGCGUAGUGACGCUUCAGUUCAAACAUCUCGUGCCUUCAUGAAGGUUAAUCCUUCUUCUCUGCAUCUGAUUUCUUAUAAUGGUAAUAACUCGCCCUGGUCGCUUUCUUCAUCGAGUGGGACGUCGACUAGUUUGCCUUCUUCUACUUUGUCUCCAUCUUCGUCUACAUUGGCGGUUUCGAAGUUGAUACAGAUAAAUGGGAUUAAAAACAAAAGGAAGCGAAUAAAAAGAAGCCCAGAGUCAGCUGAAGCCAUGGACUCAGUGACACAAGAAUCAUCUGUGGAGGAUUUGUAUGCCUCACAUAGCGCUUCAAUUGAGACAGGUUCCUAUGGGAGUUCCUCAUCAGCAUUUGGGAAUAUAUCUCCGACUCUAUCUGUUACUGCAGCACAAGUGGAUUCUGUGACAAAAACAUCACGCAUGGAGUCGUCUUAUUGGACGUUAUUGCAUUCAUCAUCAUCUUCAUCCUCCUCCUCCUCCUCCUCCUCAUCAUCAUCAUUGUCACCAUCAUCAACAACAUUUACACCAACGAUAAUAGCAUCACAAAUGUCAUUCCAAACAUUUCUUAUGUCAUCAGACACACACACCACACUCCCCUUUUCAACUUCUCCCUCAUCUAACCUGAGAAACCCAUCACCGAUGAAUACCCUCUCAUCAUCUCCCUCAUCUUCUGUGGUAUCUGUGAUGCCAUCGUUACCAUCAGCUCUAUUUCCAUCCUUAUCAACAUCAUAUCUCUCUUCAUCCAAUAACCCUAGCAUUCCUUCUUCCAAUCCUCCAGCUUUAUUAGCUACCAGUUCAUUCAUUCCUCAUACCUCACCUUCAACAACCAAUUAUACCGCAUCAUCAUCUUCCCAGGUACCACCACUAUCACCAUCACCA